CACAUGGCACGGAGAUGUUCGUCAAUUAGGACUGAGUUGGACCAAUGUUGCGUCGACGAGAACACCGCAUGCCAACGCAUCAAAAAAUUUAGGACGUCUCCGACUGAAUGCCGAUCUAGAGGGACGACAACACAAUCAAUUCGUUGCGAUACCUUAUGCUUUUAUUAUUUAGAACCAUAUAUGAAAUAGCUGUAUUACCUCGGGCUGCAAGAUGAUUUCCCCGUGGGACCGAUGGUAUUCGACGAGUUGCUGCCUCUGCUGUCAUGUUCGGACGGGAACGAUUAUCCUGGGGAUUUGGUAUAUGCUCAUCAAUGCAGUGGUGCUCUUGAUUCUGCUCACCGCCCUCAGCGAUCCUGACCAAUAUCACCUGACCAGUGCUGAGCUGGCCAAUGACCUCGAUGUGAUGGACGAUGCCAAUAUGUGCAUUGCCACCGCAAUCUCCCUCCUUAUGAUACUAAUAUGUGGAAUGGCGACAUAUGGUGCUUAUAAGCACCAUGCUGCCUGGAUAAUUCCGUUCUUCUGCUACCAAAUCUUCGACUUUGCACUUAACACCCUGGUUGCAGUUAGUAUUGUGGUCUACCCCAGCACCAUCCAAGAUUACCUUCAUCAGCUGCCUGAGAACUUCCCUUACAAGGAGGAGAUCAUGUCCAUGAACAGCGUGUGCCUCGUCUUCAUCGUACUCCUCUUCAUCGGCUGCAUCCUGGCCUUCAAGGCCUAUCUGAUUGGUUGUGUAUGGAACUGCUACAGAUAUGUGAGUGGAAGAGGCACCGCAGGGGUCUUGGUUUACGUCACCACUAAUGACACCACAGUGCUGUUGCCUCCAUACGAUGACACCAUGGCCAUCCCAGCCAAACAGGCCCCACCCCCGUAUACCACAGCAUGAAAGGGGGGUUUUCAUCCCUUCUGACAGGACCUUGCUGUUGCUUCAGCUUCACCGUCAUUCCAUAUACUGGGCACCUUCCAUCCAUCUCUCUCAACAUUGUCCCUUUAGUUCCUGACCUGUUCUGAUAGCAGCAGUGCACCUCCCUGAUCUCCUGCCCCCACAGAAGCUGUAGCAAUGCACUGCCUUUUAUUUUCCCAAAUGCAGUUGUGCUAUCGGUUACACAAUGUGCAACAAACUUGCACUGUUCACUGUUUAAGAGAAACCAUUACUCAGUUUAUGCAGGGAAAAAAAUAGCUAAAGUGCAGCAAGGAGGACAUUUGUGGGAAGUUGAUGAUUUCCAUGUACCCACUGAAUGUAAUAUCUGCUGCAUUUUUCCAAAUAGAAUAAACAAAAACAAAAUUAAUCUGUUGUCUAGUAAUGUGGUAAGACAAUGACCAACAGAUCAGAUAACAAUAAGAACAUACACAAAAACAUGUACAUGCACACAGUGUGGUAUUAUCUUCAGUCCUAGCCCGGAUUUGAUUGCCUUUACACGUGACAUUCCUUUCUGUUUGGGUGCACUUUAAAGUUGAGGUAUGAAGUGUUUCCAAGAAUGGGUGGUUUCCAAAGAUUUUACACCUGCCUAAAAUCUCAGUCCAUUUAAUAACAACAGAAAAGAUAUCAUAAACCCACCCCUGCUUAAAUAUUAGUGCAAAAACACUAUGUGAACCAUGCUGUGUAAUGACCUCAAGACCACGUUUGAGUUGAGUUUGUGUGUUGAGAGUUUCCUCUUCUAACUUGUUGUUUAUCACGUGUAAAUGUGAUCUGUGAUCUUGUCUCCGAAGUCAAAUGUUGGCUGUUUUUCAGAUUAAGCCAGGAUCACUCCGUGUAAACAGAAUAGUUUGUUCUGCCAGAUGCAGGCUUUGGCACACUGCUUUAAGAACUGAGGCUGUCCUCGGAAGACCCACCCUGAUGGUGCUGCCAUUGUGCACAGUACAAAUACACAGCAACUAUUCUACAAAAGAUAAUACUUGCUUUCUGCUUGAGAUAAGUCUCAUGGGGAGAAUAGUGCAUUGUGUCUUUACACACACAUAUAGUAUUUUCUGACAUUAUCUCUGUUGUAGUCAGUAUCUGAAAUUUUUUUAGCCAGAUCCCUAACAAGGAGUCUUUUGGUUGCCACAGCAUUUGAACAGCAUGCGCUUUGGCUCUACAAAUAAAAUGUAAUUUUGGUGUUUUCUAGCACUGUACUAAUACACCUAGGUUUUUUUUUUUUGGGGGGGGGAGACAUGUCACCCCCAAUGUUUUCAUAUGGUUGCUAGACUAGCUAGUGUGCUUGUGAGACUUGAUGUUUGACUAUACAAGACUAGGUUGUCCAGCAGUGUGUCUCCCCCAAAGUGGCUUAAUGCAACCUCAACCCUCAGUCACUGUCAGACUGCUUUAUUAUUUGCAAGUAAUGUGCACUUAUGCAAGGACCCACCAAAUAUUCUUGUUCUCAUAUCCACAAGAAGAAGGGUAGCUUAGACCUGCUGAAAGACUAUUUAAUAGUCCAAAUCUUGAAUGUGGAAAAAAAUCUCUUGACACUUUACAGACAAUGAUGAUAACUGUAAAAGUCACAUUUAUAUGAUUGAAUUUAUGCUUUUAAAAUGUUUGUUGAAAACAUGCAUACUGAACAAAUGUGCUAUUGCUCAGUUAUAUCAAGGAAAUGCUUCUAAUGCCACAAGAUCAUAUAGGUGGUAUUUUCAGUAUUUUAUUGCCUGGAAUAUUUGGAUUGGAAUGACUUGAGGCACAUUUAAAAAAUUGAAUUUGACUGGAUAAAAAUUGGGAGUUUUGGAAGAAGAAGAGAAGAUUACUGAAAUUAUUACAGUCUUUCUCAACUGUACAUUUAUAUAUUUUAACUAUUUCAUUUGAUUUCAUGGUCAGAGUUGCACUGGUUUGUGUUUUAUUUUGAAAUAAUAAAGACAUCAUAAGUUA